AUGGUUGUUAUGAGCGUUAGAACCAUGGCAACAAUAACUCGACCGCACAUUCUUCUGCAUUCUCGUGCUCCAUCACUCAAUCUCAAGCUCAAUUCUUCGUCAUCAUUUCUUCGCCACCAAAAACUCCCAAAUUCGUUUCCCUUCACUCGCCGACGUAGCUUCUGCUCCGUCAAUUCAACGUCUCAUAAAUCCGAAUCUGCUUCCAUCGUAAACGACCUUCUUGAUUAUCUCAAUGAAUCGUGGACGCAUUUCCACGCCACAGCGGAGGCAAAACGACAAUUACUCGCCGCCGGUUUUCACCUUCUUAACGAAAACGAAGAAUGGAACCUCAAACCAGGUGGACGCUACUUCUUCACUCGCAACAUGUCUUGUUUGGUUGCUUUCGCCGUAGGAGAAAAGUACGAAGUAGGUAAUGGUUUUUAUGCUAUAGCGGCACAUACAGAUAGUCCGUGUCUGAAACUGAAACCAAAAACGGCGUCGUUGAAGUCUUCUUAUAUGAUGGUAAAUGUUCAGACUUAUGGAGGUGGAUUAUGGCAUACUUGGUUUGAUAGGGAUUUGAGUGUUGCAGGGAGAGUCAUUCUUAGAAGAAGUGAUAAUUCUUUUUUUCAUAAGCUUGUCAAAGUCAACAGACCCAUUUUGCGUAUUCCCACUCUGGCCAUUCAUCUUAGCCGCACAGUGAACCAGGAUGGUUUCAAACCAAAUCUUGAGACUCAUCUUCUUCCUUUACUCUCGAUGAAACUUGAGGACACUUCAGAGUCAAAAGAGAAGACUGCUGCAUCGUCAUCCAAAGCUUCUCAUCAUCCACUGCUUAUGCAGAUAUUGUCAGAGGAGUUGAAAUGUGAAGUUGAUGACAUAGUGAGUAUUGAACUGAAUGUUUGUGAUACUCAACCUAGCUGCCUUGGAGGUGGAAACAAUGAAUUCAUAUAUUCUGGAAGAUUAGAUAAUCUGGCUUCAAGUUAUUGUGCAUUAAGGGCACUUAUUGACUCGAGUGGAUCUCCCAGUGACUUAGCAAGUGAACAUGCAAUUCGGAUGGUUGCUCUAUUUGACAAUGAGGAGGUGGGUUCAGAUUCUGCUCAAGGAGCUGGUGCACCCACCAUGUUUCAGGCCAUGAGACGUAUAGUUGCAAGCUUGGCAAAUAAUAACUACGUUGGUGAAGGCUCUUUUGAGCGAACUAUUCGCCAAUCAUUUCUUGUGUCUGCAGAUAUGGCCCAUGGAGUUCAUCCAAAUUUUUCAGAUAAGCAUGAAGAACACCACAGACCAGAGUUGCAGAAAGGACUUGUUAUUAAGCACAAUGCAAACCAGCGCUAUGCUACAAGUGGAAUCACAUCUUUUCUUUUCAAAGAAGUUGGGAAAAUCCAUAACCUUCCAACUCAGGAAUUCGUCGUUAGAAAUGAUAUGGGAUGCGGAUCAACCAUAGGUCCAAUACUCGCUUCUGGGGUUGGCAUCCGAACUGUUGACUGUGGAAUUGCUCAACUUUCAAUGCACAGUAUAAGAGAAAUAUGUGGGAAGGAAGAUAUAGACAUUGCUUACAAGCAUUUCAAAGCUUUCUAUCAAAACUUUUCCAACAUAGACAAGAUGCUGACUGUGGAUGACUGA